AUGUCGAUGAUCACAGGAGUCGCAGGCUCCAAUAGUCAAGGUGUCAUUGCUCAGCAAACCAACAUGGCUGAUCCUCUAGCAGACUUGGUCGGGGUUAUGCGCCAGGCUCAACAGAUGAGUUAUGUGUCCCAGCCCCAACCCCAACCUCGACAGAUGAGUCAUCGAUUCCAUCGCUCACAUAUAGGCUAUUGGCCCCCGCCUCCACUUAGACAGACAGGCUAUGGGUUCCAACCCUCACCCCCACCCCCACCCCCACACCCACACCCACAAAGGGGUUGUCGGACCUCACCUACAAUUUUGAGAACCCAUGGAGGUGAUGGGUUUUAG